GGUUAUGAAACAGAAGCAAACUCCUUAAACUCGAGUCUCCAUGCCAAUCUGGAAGCCGGCAAUUCAUUUCCACCUCCAUGUUUUCUCUUCGGCUUCUCUUCUUUAUCUCUCUUCACUCCUUGGCCAUUCUCUCUUCAACCGCAUUACACUAUGAAGAUCUUCUGAACUCCGCGCGGGAACCGGAGUUCAUGAACUGGAUGAGGAGCAUUAGGCGGAAGAUCCACCAACACCCGGAGAUUGGCUUCGAGGAGUACAAGACCAGCGAGCUCAUUCGAUCCGAGCUCGAAGCCCUCGGCGUUCAGUACACCUGGCCAGUCGCCAAAACUGGAAUCGUGGCUUCCAUUAUUGGAGCCGGCGAUGGGCCGCGGUUUGCUCUGCGAGCUGACAUGGACGCUCUUCGUCUCCAGGAGCUUGCUGAUUUGGAAUAUAAGAGCAAAGUAGAUGGAAAAAUGCAUGCUUGUGGACAUGAUGCUCAUGUAGCGAUGCUACUUGGUGCAGCUAAGUUGCUUCUACAACUGAAGAGUCAUCUAAAGGGCACUAUAAAGCUUGUUUUCCAACCUGGAGAAGAGGGCUAUGCUGGUGCCUAUUAUAUGCUUGAAGAAGGUGCUUUGGAUGAUGUACAGGCCAUCUUUUGUAUUCAUGUUGACCAUACUCUCCCUACUGGUUCUAUUUCUUCUAGUCCUGGAACUUUUCUUGGGUCAGGAGAUACUUUUGAGGUAGUUAUUAAGGGGAAAGGUGGGCAUGCUGCAACACCACACAAAACUGCAGAUCCAGUGUUGGCUGCUUGUUUUGCCAUUCUUAGCCUUCAACAGCUUAUAUCUCGAGAAACUGAUCCUCUUGAAAGCAAAAUAAUUUCAGUUGGUUUCAUGAAAGGUGGAGAAGCACACAAUGUCAUUCCAGAAUCUGUCACCUUUGGUGGAACCUUUAGGAGCAUGACUACGGAAGGUCUCUACGUCCUUCAGCGACGGAUCCGAGAGGUCAUAGAGGCACAGGCUGCAGUUCACCGUUGCACUGCAACAAUCAAGUUCAUGGAUAAGGCUUACCCUGCAACCACAAAUGAUGAGAAGCUGUACGAAGUGGUAAGGAGCGUUGGUGUUGGCUUGGUGGGAGAAGCCAACGUCCACCCUUUCCCUCGCCUAAUGGGCGCCGAGGACUUCAGCUUCUUUUCACAGAGAAUGCCUGCUGUUCUCUUCACUGUUGGAAUCAGAAAUGAGUCUAUUGGAUCAAUCCACACUACACAUUCUCCUUAUUUCAUCAUAGAUGAGGAGGUUCUACCUGUGGGAGCUGCUUUUCAUGCUGCUGUGGCUCUAACUUACGUAGAUAGGGAAGCUUUCGAGCUCUGAAUAUUCAGGUAAUGGUAAGCUACAGUCAUAUUUUGAUUUGAUUUUGUGAGAUAUCUGGAAGUGUUUGUAAAGUGUCAAAUUGUUAGUAAUUCAGGAUUCAUUUGAGAUGGCUUUCUUACUUCUUCUAAAAGUAGGUUUU